CUAAGCGUACAGUGUGCAGAUAAUGAUGGAGGAAGAAGUUGAGCGUCCCGUUUGUAGAACUUUGUUUCGACAAGCUUCUCACGAAACACGUCUAGAUCCUACUGUUCCUUCAGAUUCUGAAGAUUCCGAAUGUGAGGACGAUUCAUAUUCAGUGCCCCGGGUUGUUGACGUACUCGUUAAACCAGAAAGUGCAGCGAAAACAGGAGACCAGUCCACUGCUGUGGAACCAACGCACAUCAUUAGAAACGAAAGUGCAACACCAACUGAUAACAAAAAUGAACCGAGCACUGUGAAAAAUGAAACAGAAAAGUCGGAUAGAACUGGAGAGCACAAAGUGGACCAGAGAUAUGUGCCGAAAGACAGACCAGCUACGUACCAUGAAAGUGAAUUACAAGAACAGAUGUACGCUUCAGUGGUUCGGCAAAAGAAAGAAAGACCGACAACAAUAAGCCAUAUUGAAAAUGAGACGUACGAGGAAGUCGAGACAAUACAUGACCAUCAAACAGAGUCUGUCGGCACUUUGAAAGGUUUCGCAGUGAUCAAGAGGAAAACAAACAUGGCGUCACCAAGACCGAAGUCUCCCCGUCCUCCAGUUUCAGCUCGUAAGGACGAAAAAGAAGAAUCGUUUUGGGAAAAAAUUGGCACACUAGGGAGGAAGAAACGCAUUAAGGAGGUGCAAGAAGUCCAGGAGGAAGGGAAACAUGCUAUCGAUUCACCAGGCAGUCCAACAGCACCAGAUCUGCCUCCAGAAGAAUACACCCUUGAGGAGAACGAGGAAAGGUCCAUGAUUGAGCCACGGUCAUUUGAAGACCCCAAAUUAAAGGAGCUGAUAGCAGUUCUAAUUGAAUGGAUCAACGAUGAGCUGGCAGACCAGAGGAUUAUAGUGAAGGAUAUUGAGGAGGAUCUGUAUGAUGGUCAAGUACUGCAGAAGUUGUUAGAGAAAUUGACAGGAGAGAAGUUGGAUGUUCCUGAAGUUACACAGUCUGAAGAGGGGCAAAAACAGAAACUUGGUAUAGUUCUUACAGCAACUAACAGAGUUUUAAGUCUGCCACGUUGGUCCCAGCAGAAGUGGAGUGUGGAGAGUGUGCACUCAAAGAAUAUUGUAGCCAUCUUACAUCUGCUUGUGGCACUAGCUCGCCAUUUCCGUGCUCCAGUCCGUCUGCCUGAAAAUGUAGCAGUGGGAGUUGUUGUUGUCCAAAAAAAGGAAGGUUCUCUAAGCCAUAGAACUGUAUUGGAAGAAAUUACAUCAACAUAUGAUGAUCUUGGGAUGCGAUGUGAAAGAGAUGCAUUUGAUACAUUGUUUGAUCAUGCACCAGACAAACUACAGGUUGUCAAGAAGUCACUGGUAACGUUCGUUAACAAGCAUCUGAACAAGGUGAAUCUUGAAGUUUCGGAUUUGGAUACCCAGUUCCAUGAUGGCGUAUAUCUGACUCUACUCAUGGGGCUGCUUGAAGGAUUUUUUGUACCUCUAUACAGCUUUCAUCUUACACCCCAGGAUUUUGACCAGAAAGUUCACAAUGUUAGUUUUGCUUUUGAUUUAAUGCAGGAUGUAGGACUUGCAAAGCCAAAAGCUCGACCUGAAGAUAUUGUGAACUUGGAUUUGAAAUCAACACUGCGUGUUCUCUAUAAUCUGUUCACCAAAUACAAGAACAUGAGUUAACUGGACAAUAGAGAAACGUACUCUGAAGAUCUGAAUUUACCCUUCUUAUGCUUAGAUAUGAUGCAGCAGAAUCUGUAUUUUUAAACUCCAGAUUAUAUCUUAAAUUGUAUUUUUAAUGUGUCCAAGUGCCUUCUAAGACAGUCACUAUUUAUUUUCAUAAACUGUAAUGAAUGUCAGUGUAAAUAUAUGCCUAAUUUUAGCCUUGG